GGAUCAUCUGCAUCUGGAAAGUCAUCAAUCGCUCAAACUUUUGUCAGCGAAGGCAAGGAAUUCCCUAGCAAUUACUGUAUGGUAACUGCAUAAUAAUAAACAUCCACGUCGGUUCCUAGUCAACUUCAGCAGAGCUUGUAGUAAAGAAUAUGAUUAUUCCUGAAAUAAAUGACACAGUGGAAAUAUAUAUUUAUACACUACCCGGGAAGGAUGUAUACAGUAAUUUAAUCAACAAAUAUGUCGAUCACAUAAAUAUGUUAAUGGUGGUUUUCGACGUCACGAAAAAAGAGAGCUUUUCCUCUGCUCAAUCAGCUCUCGCCAGAUUUCAUCCUGAUGCUCAUUGUCAUUCACGACCAAUCGUUCUAGUCGGAAACAAGAUGGACUUGGAAGCCAGGAGGGUAGUUUCGAGAGAAGAAGCUGAGAAGUUUGCGGAUUCGAUUGGUAUUCCUUACUACGAAACCUCCGCGAAAGAUGCUCUGGGUGUUGAAGCACCCUUUCUUCAUCUUGUCAAAGAGUACCACAACCUGUACAUUAGGAAAAUUGAAACUUUUCAAACCCUUGUUUAAUCGAUACGUUUUUCCGGUGCGUGAUUCCAG